UUUAGCCGCGUCGCGCGUGCUCCGCAAUCUACGAGCAGUCCGUGCAGUCGAUCGACAACGUCCAGAAAAUUUCCUCGGAAAUUCUUCCUGUUGAAGGUUGAGUGAAUGACCAGCGCUUAUGCAGAAUGGAAUCAACGUCAAGAUCGUAUUGUUAUACCGUUCAAUACCCGGGUGAAUCUCGAUAGUUUGUUCGGAAAUGUUCAUAGCAACGUGGUUUGUGAACGCAUUACGCCGUGCAAGCUGGCCAUCUACAUUCUGAUUCAGUCACUGGAUGAACUUCAUCAAGACGUUCAAGCGUUCACGCCCUCUGAGCACUGCUCGAUCCUCUCCGCCUUGUAUGGGAUCAUUGAACAUGGUGACAUGUCUUAUUUGGACUUGAAAAGAAUUGUGCGAUGGAUAGAUCGGACAAUACGUCAUGGUGUUUAUGAUGAUUUCGUGGAGUCUAUCAAUUCCUACCUCUCCGGCGAUGAUAUUAUGGUUCAGAUUGAUGUGAUGCUUCAGACUCGCCCUAAUGUGGUUAAUUUUGUAUGUGGGAAGUCUUAUAUAGGAAUUUGGCUGAAAAAGUUGUUUGCCGAAUGGAGCAGACAGUCGACUCAACGUCUUUUUGAUCUAAAUGCUGAGUUUGCCAAGUGGAUACAAGAUACCGAUGCACAGGAUGAGUCCCAAAUGAUGUGUGAAACAGAGACAGAUGUCAUCGCUCUUCCACAAGCUAGUAAAGCUGUAGUACCGUUUGAGAUUGAAUCAUCCGGGCGAGCACGAAAAUGGAUUUUGAAUCAGAUGCACUUACUGCAGGUGUGCCCCUCGGCUGCUCUACCGGACUGUGAGAUAAAGGAAUGGUGUCAGAUCAUCAAAAAGAACCAUGCUGAUGUAGUUGAAGUGAAUCUCCUUGAAAUGCUCUAUCAUAUUCGCGCCAUGAAUCUUAGCGGAGCCUUAGAAUCUCUUCGACUCUACUUUGAUUAUUCCAUGUUUCGGAUGAGUGACGUAGUAAUUCCCACAACUACUCGCGCAUGUCGGAUGGGCACACUCGACCAGAGAUCGCUGAGAUUUUCUUGCCUUCUUCAAGCAAGACUUUGUAGAUUAUUUGGUGACAAGCAUGCUGCACGUUUACUUCUUAGCGAAUGUGUUCAACAGGCACAGAAUCACGACGUUGCCUGUUUGCGCAUGGCAAUGGUCGAACUGGCCGCUUUAGAAGCUAUGCCCGCAAGCGAAGCCGAUUUGAAGACAAAUUCAGAAGGAAAAUCUAUGGAAAGUCUCCUGACGACAGAAGGUUUACUACGCAUGAUAAAUCAAGCUUCGGAUUCAGAAACAAGAUUAGAUGGUGAGGAUCAUCGUGAUCCUGCUGUGAAUGCGAUAGAGUCUGAGCAUUUAUUUGAUCAAAUGAAUGCUCUAGUGCACCUGAUGGCGGCUAUAACAGCGACUCGCCGUUGCAAACCUCCCACUAUCGUAGAAGAUGGUCUGGAACGUGCGGUGAGGUGCUCGUCAGGUGCUGAUGAUGGCGGUAGAGCCCGGUUGAUAAGCGAUGCAGCCAGGGCGACUGCGAGUAGUGUACGACUCAGGCAUGGAUUGACAAAAUCUGCACUAUCUCUAGCUUCUUCUCUUGUCGAAACCAACUAUGCUGAUGGAUCUGCACCUAGGCAUGAGACUGAAGCGCAUGUGAUAGCCGGGGUAAACAUGGUCUAUGCAUGUGCAAUGGACGGUGAAUGGGAUAGGGCGACUAGUAUUCUGAACCGACUGAAGACGAUUUUUACUCCUGAGUUGAAUUGGCAGACGGCGCGUCAUGUGCAACUAUGCGAUAAUAUAGUGAGCUUUGAUACUUGCAUGCUACGCGGUGAAUGGGAGAAAUGCGCUCCUUUGCUCGAAAACAUCGAAGUUCUUGACGAAGCGGAAGCCGUACUUCGAAAAAGCCUACUUACGGCUGUUCGUGGAGAGCUUACUUCAGCACGAAAUCUUCUCGAAACCUCAUAUUCAAAAUAUGAAACGCCUGCAACUAUGUUCACACAUCUAAGGCUACGUUUACAAUUGGCAAUGAUCCUUAGCGCAGAAUGUCGAUGGAGCGCGGCUACCGAGAUGCUACAAGGUGUUUGUGAAGAAGCCAACAGUAUCGAGCAACGGAACGUAGCCGCUAUGGCUCAGAGAAGAAUUGCCGUUGUUCAGCUGAUGAGUGGAGAUUAUCAAGCAGCGUUGAAAAGCUUGAUCGAGUGCGAAGCAUCAAUUACUCGUUACUGUUCGAUACUAGAGAGAGCGCUUUUUUCUAUAGCAUUAGCACAGAUUUAUUCAGCAGAGAAGAAGAGUAGAGAAUCCCUAAUUAAUCUCAACAAAGCUCGAGUUCAGUCUCAGCAAGCAGGAGCCUUCUUAUUUGAAAAAUAUGUGUUGCAGGAACUGGCAAUGCUAUAUCAUGAGAAGGGCAACAUGGAUGAGCGCGAUGAAUGUGCAAAUGAAUUCGCAGCGAUGGAUGACAAAUAUGCGGGUCAUUUUGAUUGGAAGCUUGUCUAGGCAGUUUUAUCUCAGGGAACAUAUUUUAAUAACAAAAAUAUCUUCCUAAUUCACAUAUUCAUGGGUGCUACCGUCAAACUGCCUUUCAAUAUCUUACAAGUUUUAAUGCUCUGAAUAAUUUGUUGCUGAAUAUUAUGAGUUCAAAAGAUAAAUAUUUAUGAAUA